UUGUCCGUGUUUUCUUGAUUUGCCAUCGUGUCAUUGGCUAUGGCUGUUUGUAGGACUUCCACUCAGAAGGAAGAUUGACACGAUGUGCCCCCAUUGUGAUGAAUUCUCUCAUGGUGGCUGCAGAAAAGCUGGACCAAUCAUUCAGGAAAAGAAGAACAAUGAUGGCUCGCAUUGCUUAAAUUGCCCAAGGGCUGUUUCCCAGAUAUCAACUGUUAGUACGAUGCCUGAAGGUUCGAAUUCUAUUGUAGUAUAUAGGAGAAAGAAACUGCGAGGCAAUUCUGAUUCCAGGUUGUCUGCUAAUGGAACAGAUUGUAUUUCUUUUAUUAGUUGUGAUGGUGAUUUGGGAGAAGAAAACGAGCAAGCUGCAGCCUCUCAACAUGUCCAGGAGAGUGAUAUUGUUGGAAAUAUUGUCCCUCUUCCUCCUGUUUACGAUGGAAAAACUCAUGUUUCAGAACUGGAAUCUGUCAAUGGAUGUACCAUUGGGGAAGGACAUGGUUCUGACGAAACACUUAAUAAUAACCUGCAGAAAAAUUUGGAGGUUGACAGCAUUAAUGAUAGCUGCUCAUCAUCAAAGUCAAAUAUGGAACUUGUUUCAACUUCCUUGAAGGUUGAAGUGGAUGACACAGGCGAGUGCUCCUCUUCUAGUAUUCAAGUUAUGGAGGAUAUGAUCGAGGAUAUAUCAGGAAGAGAUCUAUGCAUCUCUAUCCUUAGAAGCAAUGGGCUCUUGUCGUGUAUGGCUCAUGCUCCUAAGGAAGAAAGUAAUUUUCAAAGCGACAGUAAUUGUUUUCGGUCGUGUAAAAUUUGUGGCUCUUCAGAAUCGGUCUUGAAGAUGUUAAUUUGUGAUCAUUGUGAAGAUGCAUUUCACAUCUCUUGUUGCAAUCAUCGGAUGAAGAAAGUGUCAAAUGAUGAGUGGUAUUGCAAUUCAUGUUUGAAGAAGAAACAUAAAAUGUUGAAGGAAACAAUUACGAAUAAAUUGGCAAACAUUUCGAGUAGAAGUGGAUCCUCCAAGGGUGAAUCAAAUUCUAUAGCGUUAAUGUUAAAGGACACGGAACCAUAUACAACUGGUGUUCGGAUUGGCAAAGGUUUCCAAGCAGAAGUUCCGGAUUGGUCUGGCCCAAUUAACGAUGAUACUGAUGCCAUUGGUGAACCACUGGAGGUGGAUCCUUCAGAAUCUUUUCAAAUGCAUGAGCAGAGUACCAAUAAGCCCUGUAGAUUGAGCGCUAUUGGAAAUUGGCUUCAAUGUCAACAAGUCAUCAAUGGAAUCAUAUGUGGCAAGUGGCGCAGGGCUCCACUUUUUGAAGUCCAAACUGAUGACUGGGAGUGCUUCUGCUCUAUCCUAUGGGAUCCAACACAUGCUGAUUGUGCUGUACCUCAGGAAUUGGAAACAGACCAAGUUUUAAAGCAGUUGAAGUACAUUGAGAUGUUGAGGCCUCGGUUAGCUUCCAAAAGACGGAAAAUUGGAUGAGAUCAAGAGCAGAUGUGAUAUGCAGAACCUUACAGAGGAUACAGAACACGAAACUUGAUAUGGUGAGAACUGCUUGAUAGUAUUCAAGUGUCCGUAACUCCAUAUCUCUUACAAAAAUCAAGUCAUUCAGAUUAAAUUUGAGUCCCAUUCUCUACUUUUUUGAAGCAUUGUAAUAGUAAUAUCUAAUAUGUUGCGAAUGAAGGACUAAAUAUGGUGUGUGAGCCAUUUACCGUCUUCUUCUGCUGGCUCUUUUGUCUAUUUUGUCCCUUUGAGAAGAUCACUUAAGAGAAAAGUGGGUAAAUGGAAAUUGCUUUUUGUUGGUGAGGAGUAGAGAAAUGGAAUUGGAAUAGUUCAAGAUCUUUUACA